AUGAUUGCAGCAAACGUCUCCCUCCCCCCAGGAGACUCACCGGACCUGAUUCUAGUCGCCGCCACCCCAGAAGAACGCAUAACUUCAAUCAAACUCAACAGUGUCGCCUGGAAAGGGCCCCUAGACAUCGAAACCUACAUUGAGCGCGAGAAUCAUCUUUUCGCUCAAAAUCUAACCCGCGACGGCCUGACAUGCUGGAUCCUGGUUGACAAGUCCGAGCCCGAAGGAGACCGUACGAUUCUCAGUUCUUGCGAGACGUACAAGAAGAAGGCGCUGCUUGCACACGGCGGGAGCGUGGAAGAUGUCUCUACGCACGGUAUCGGGAGUGUCUACUGCCGGCCGGAGUUCCGGGGCAAGGGAUACGCUAAGAGGAUGUUUGAGGAGUUGAGCGAGAAGAUUGAUACGUGGAAGAUGGAAGGGGAAGCGAGGGGGAAAGCUCUUUUUACUAUUCUUUUUUCGGAUAUUGGGAAGAGUUUCUAUGCGCAGUUUGGGUGGAAGCCGUUUUUGUCUUCGCAUAUGGCUCUUCCGCCAGCGGAUGAGGGACAGUCCAAUCAAAAUGGAAACGCUUUAGCAACGAGAGAUCUUUACGCGGAGGAUGUGGAGAAGUCAAUUUGCAAUAAGUCUGUUACUGCCAAGUUGCGUGAUCAGUUGCGUGACGCUUCGCAGAAAACGGCUGGUAGUAAGAUCGCGAUCAUUCCCGACUUUGACCAUUUCGUGUGGCACUGGGCGCGGGAGGAGUUUUUCUCGAAGAAUCUUUUGCCGCAUCGCUCUCCUCCUAUUAUCAAGGGCGCUGGAAAUGACGAGGCUCGUGUCUAUUGUGCAUGGAACCGCAAUUUCGGCGAGGAGCCCGAGGACAAUGUACUGUACAUUCUCCGUUGGGUGUAUGAUGAUCCCCAGUCGGCGGAGGAGGAGCAGACUUUGGUCCGAGCCAUGGCUGCUAUCUUGCGGCGGGCCCAGCGAGAGGCACAUGAAUGGAAUAUGCACGCAGUCGAGUUUUGGAACCCAACACCACUGCUGCAAAAGGCCGUGAAGAUGGUGGAUUCAGAUGCCCAGGUUGUGCAUCGUGAGAAGAGCAGUAUUUCCAGUUUGCGCUGGACCGGUGCGCAGCAAGGGCUUGGUGAUGACGUUGAGUGGUUCUUGAAUGAGAAAUACACUUGGUGUUGA